GGCGCUCCAGCUUUAUGGGCCGCUUCAGCAGCGGGCAAGUUUGAGGUCGUGCGUCUUCUUGUCGAAGAAGCCGGUGCCAAUAUAAAUCAAACAACAAACACGAGUAGUACACCUCUUCGAGGAGCUUGUUAUGACGGACACCUGGAUAUAGUGAAAUAUCUCGUUGAACACGGAGCUGAUAUCGAGGUAGCCAAUCAACAUGGUCAUACUUCUUUAAUGAUUGCCGCGUACCGUCAGAAGGUCGAAGUGGUCAGGUAUCUUAUCAGUUGUGGGGCUGAUGUGAAUCGUAGCAGCAAAAAAGGAAAUACGGCAAUGCACGAUGCAGUAGAAGGAGAAAAUGCUGAUGUAUGCGCUUUGCUUCUCGAGGCUGGUGCUCGUCUCGUACCAGAUGAGUUUGGAGUAUGUCCGCUCAUGUGUGCUGUCAUGAUUGGCGCAGAUUGGAUUCUACCGAUGCUGUUAGAACAUUGCGAAUCAAGUGAGAAACGCCGCGAUGCUUUGAAACUGUUGGGUUGCACAAGAGUCGACAAAAAGAUGGAUAUGGUAGGAGCGAUUGAGGCAUGGAAUGAUGCCCUCAAGGUGCCGCUAACAGAUGAGGAGAGACAACACGUGCAAGAAGUGGCUGACAGUUUCGUAGUUCCGGACGUCUACGAAGGGCUGAAGGAAAUCCAAACACCAGAGGAUGUGCAGGCCAUUGAAGACAAUCCUGAUGCUAUUCGUAUGCAGGCGUUGCUGAUCCGUGAACGUAUCCUUGGUGGAGCUCAUGCUGACGUUCACUAUUACCUUCGAUUCAGAGGUGCCGUUUUCAGUGAUCUUGGGUAUUUCGACAAGUGUUACGAAUUGUGGAGCCACGCGUUAGUCUUGCAGCAAACACAUCUCACGCCUCUUCACCUGUCAACUCAAACCAUGUUCCAAGCUUUUCUGGAGACUUUCUUGCACACCCUAAACGAUCGCGUAGUUCAUAUGGACAAUGCAGGACGACGAAAUGCGCCACCAAAGCAAGAGAUUAUCGCUUUUGUCUUUGAUCGCGUCUGUUACGAAUUGGAGAGGCUUGCUGAUUGGGGUGAGCGUCCGCUUUCGGAUUUAUGCAACUGUGGAGAGGAUCAUAUCCAUAGUUGUGAUGAUGAAAAGAAACGUGUUGUACUACUUGGAUUGCAGCUUUUAUCUUUGGAUAUUUAAACAUUCGGCUUCAAAAUGA